AUGGACAGCGGUGCACUGCUUGAGUCUUUGGAGCAUGCCCAACAAGGACGCUUUGUCACAGUAGCUUCCCUUUGUCUGGUCCUGCAUGAUCAUUUCUUUACAUGCCGGCAAGAGUGGAAGUUUAUAUGGGUAGGCUUUCCCACAGAGACGCCGUCAGAAAAUGUUGACGUCAGAGGGAAGAUUCGCAAGUGGUCGUUCUCUAAAGUUCUCUUCUUCCUCAGUCGUUACGGUACUUUGGGCAUACUAUUAUUCGAUUUGCAUGUCGCGUUAAACGGUGGGCAAUCGGAUAAGUUGUACGUUUCUACGUGGAUGGUUGACGGUGUACUGAGGAAUAUCCAGCUGCACGAUCUGGUUUUGUUUCCAAUCCUGGAGCGGAUUCUACAGCGCGUUCAUCAUCGAAGGCAGACAAGUUACCUCCGGUCCCCGGAUGAAACUAACAAGUGCUCAGCCGUGCUCAUCUUCCGAAUCUACGCCAUGUACCACGGAGAUAAGAAGAUCAUGUACUUCCUCGGGCUGCUAUUCGUGUGCCAACUGGGGGUCAUGGCGUAUGUGCUGCAAGCCGGCUGCCGGGCGCUACGAGCUGUCGCGGAACCGUUUCCCGGAGUGCAGGAAUGUACAGUCAUCCAGACGAUCUCAUACGAAUUCGCAUACUGGGUCGCUCUCCUCCUCUUCGAAACCCUCCUCUUUCUCCUCUCCCUACGCAAAGCACAUCAACACAUCCGCGCGUACACCUUCCGAUUCGACGACCUCCUCCUCUCCCGCCGUGUAGGCGAAGUGCUCAUCCGCGACGGGGUGAUGUACUUUCCCUUUAUCUUCUUGUCUUACCUGGCCAACCUUGUCCUCUUCGCCGUCUCACCUCUCUAUCUCGCACAAGUUGCGCCACAUCUCGCCCUCGCCCUCAGGUCGGUACUCACCAACCGCCUGCUGCUGAACGUCAGCCGCAAGUUCUACUACCCCAACCCUGUGGAGCCCAGCCAGUCUCAAACGGGAAAGGACUCUGUCCUGGGGGUCAUUGUCUGGGUGAGCCCCGUGCGGCCAGAGGCGGAGCUGCCAUUGGAUCCGGAGCAGGAGAGGGAUGUGGACAGUCGUGCCGAGGGGAGGCAUGUCGCCUUUGCCCAAAGCGCGGACGACCUACAAGACGCGGACGAACGACUCGGUGUCCAUCUUCCCGUCGAGCGGGAGCGCCCUCCCUCCCGCAACGUACAAGCAGCGGAGGGGGAUACACCCGACCGCGUCUGGGAAGCCUUAUGA